AUGGCCGUCAGAGGGCCCACGAGAGAGGCGCUGCAGGAGCAAUGCGUUGUCGCCCCGGUCAAGGACGCCCAGAACCUUCGGAGCUACUUCCACGGCGUCAGACAGCUCUUGUUCCAGGGAGAGGCCUACUACGUCGAAGGACAGCUCGUCCAAGCCUAUGUGUAUAUCAAGCGGUUCUUGCAUCUGGCGCUGGACGGAAUGCCCAAGCACAAGAAAUACACCAAGGAUGCUUUUGUUAACGACAGAAUUUGGUUGGAAAAGGAACGGGAGCGCAUUUUCCCAAUACUGGAGUCGAUCUGCAAGCAGCUCGAUGACGCUGACGAACGGCGGAUACGCGCGGCGGCCACGGCGGCGGCAUCGGCGGCCGCCGCGGAAAACAAGCGCAGGGGCCUGGCCAGCAGUGGCAUCGCCACCACCACGCUGGGUUACUCCCUGGACGACCUCCCGGAGGCCCCCACCGGACGCCCGUCGUCGGCCUCCGAAUCGCAACCAGUAGGAAACUCCGGGAUGACGUCCGCCGUCGGCGCCGGGGCGGCCGGGUCUCAGCCCUUCACGCCACUGCCGCCGCUCUACCCCCCGCCGGCGCCGGGUAUGUACGUUCCGUCUGCGCCACCGCCCCCGUCUGACUUCGGCAGUUUGUACGGCGACCACGGCGGGGUGGGGGGCUAUGGGGGGCCCAACUAUGGGGGGCCCGGCUAUGGGGGGGUGGGGGCGGCGGCGGCGGCGGUUGGUGGGGCGGCUGCGCUGCAGGACGCGUUCAGGAACCUGUCGUUGGAUCAGGCCGUCAUCACAGAGCCUCAGCGCGCUUGUGGGUCCAUUCCGUAUGUUCACACGCCUGACCUCUUUUUUACGCCCUCGGCGCAACUGAGCCCGUCUUCAGCAGGACACUACCCCAGCGUACCUCAGCCGGAGAGUCAACAAAAGCCGCCGUCGAUGCAACCAAGUGCUAGGGGUUUUGGUACGGAGAGGAAAGUGGUGUUGCCGUCGACGCUCGUGGCGCAGUUUGAGAAGAUAGCGAAGCCUAACACGGACAAGCCGCCGUACGGCAUAGAAACAUGCGGCAUCUUGGCAGGGAAGCUGACGCACAACGUCCUCGAGAUGACAACACUGAUCAUCCCCAAGCAGACGGGCACUCCGAACUCGGUGGAGACCACCGAUGAGACCGAGCUGUUCAACUACAUGCUUUCCAACAAGCUCAUCACUCUGGGCUGGAUUCACACGCACCCGAAACAGGACUGCUUCAUGUCCAGCGUCGACCUACACACUCACUGCGGCUACCAGCUGAUGCUGCCGGAGGCCGUGGCGGUAGUGUACGCCCCGGGUGACAACAAAAAGAGGGUUGGCGUGUUUCGCCUGACCCAGCCUGAGGGGAUGAAGCUUAUUCAAGAAUGCAAACUCAAGGGCUUCCAUCAACACCCCGACGACAUUACGAUCUACGAACAAGCGGACCUCACAUGGGCUCCCGUAAGAAUGUCGAUUGUCGAUCUCCGAUGAUGAUGAAGCGCUGUGUAUGUGUAGAGGAGGGGGGGGGGGGGGAUCUCGUCGUCGCAGUAACCUUCGCAGGUUUAUUGUACUAAGCAAACAUGUUGGAUGAAGUACUCAAUCGGGGAAGUUGGGUCAGGGUUAGGGAAUAGGGUCUGCGUCCCCCCUCCCUGUCCUAUUUCCUCAUAAACUUAUCAAUCGCGCGAAGGCGGUCCCGUCAUCGCUCAUAGUUGUUCUCUAUGCAUACGAGACAUGGGUCGUUCUGAUUAUCUCAUGAGUGGCCGCAGUGAUAUUUUCUACAGCAGUGGCUGCCUCUCAGCCGACGGGGGGGAGGGCGAGACACGUUCUGUUGCCCGCAUUUGAUAGUGACUGAUCGAAAUCGAUCACGGGACGCGGCACGCGUGGCGGAUUGGGGGCAAGCAUGAUACACGUGCAAGGAGCGAAGGGGAGAAGACGGUCAUUCUCUGCCGUCAGCUUCCACGCGUUAUGGAGGAAGUUCGCCCGCCAAGUGUUGAGGUUUUCCUGUGGCUAGCAUGUGUGUGACUUGAGUGCAGAUGUCGUACAGUUAUGGUGUUGUGUGUUUUCGGUGUGGUGCGUUUCUUGAGAACAUGGCCUGGCUGGAAGGAGGGUUGUUGGUGAGCGGCGUAUGUAAAUGUGAUUUGCCGCUUGAUUUGAUUCUCUUGUAUGGAUGAAAUUCUUACAGCACUGGUGCGGUUGGAUCGUGGGAGCACCGUUGCUUCCCCACCCCCUGACCUGGUUUGUAAGCAACCCUUG